GAUGCAGGACAAGAAAAACGAAGGGUCGUGGCUUGGGAAAAGACCAGAUGUCACCAGAAUAUGACAAUUAACAUCAUUGAUAUUCAAUCCAAGGCAUUAGUGUUCAAUUAUUCAUUACUCAAUAAAUAACACUUUCCAAUGCGGCUUGCUUGCAUUUGGAAUCAUUUCUUCGUUAAUCCAUACUAAAAUGCUUUAGUUGAAUUUCGGUGACUUUUGUAUAAAAGAUCCUGAAACAAUUUUGUGCGACAAUGAAGACUCUAAUGCUAAUGGCUGUGUUGAGUAUGUACCAAUUGUCAGAGGCGAAAGAAUGUACAAAUCUUUCUUCAGACCAGACUACAUUUGAUGURCAYUWUUGGRACUUUUAUCCUUUUACAGCAAGCAAUAAAUCAAAUGAUAAUCAGGCUCCAGGGAUGUUCGAUUCGAUAACCUACAAAUUAUCAAGAAACACAAACUUGAGUUUGAACUGGGUGAAGCCUGAAAUUACAUAUGGAGAAAUUUUAGAUAUGCCCAACACUGGAUCAAAAAAUGAUAUUGCAGUACCUAUUCUAAUAGAUAUGGACGAUAAGAAUCCUUGUUUGGUUAAAGUCUAUAAGUCUUCAGGAUACGCCUUCUUGGUUCGAAGAGAUGUGAAGAAACCUCUGAGUCAACUCGGUGGCUCGUUCAUAAAUGGUGGUCAAGUGAUUGGACUCAUUCUUAUAUUAACUGGUAUUGCAGGCAUUUGCAUAUGGUGUUUGGAUCGACGCAGAAAUCCUGACAAUUUCCCUACACCCUUCAUCCCUGGGGCAUGGAAUGGAUUUUGGUGGGCAUUUGUUACCAUGUCAACGGUCGGAUAUGGAGAUCUUGCCCCCAAGUCAGUCCCAGCAAGAUUGUUUAGUGUUUUGUGGAUGCUGCUCGGACUUGUUGCAUUCUCUGUUCUCACRGCAAACUUUACGUCUUCUCUGGCACGAGAAAUMGAGACAGACCUCAACUUAUUCAACAAAAA